AUGAAUCCCGUGUUAUGGUCGUUGUAUGCAACAUGCAGUUAUUUGUAUGGGAAGAAGAGAAUUGAAAUUCAAAAUUUAGGCGUAAAAGAAAUUUGUAUUCGAAAUUAUCGCCGUGCAAGCAUAUACGCGCUAGCCGAAGAAGAAGAUGGGGAGAUGCGGGUUGUUGAAGAACGGUCGUUGAUGUGGAUGAAGGGGAGCUUAACGGGUGUUCGUGAUGUGAUGUUAUACGAUAAAGCACAACCCAGUUAUGUGCUAUUGGGCGUUGAUACCGAAGUCUGUGACACGAACAUCUAUGAAGACAAUUCUGACGAUGAAGACGACCCUGUAACCCAUAAAACAUUUUAUAUUAUUCCUGCAGAGUGGAUGCCGUAUGUGUAUAUACGCUUUAAAGAUGAUGAGUCUUGGUGCAUGUAUUUGGCUAAAAAGAAGUUCUGUUGCUGGCAGAUUUUGUGUCGUGGUGAUGUUACGGUUGUACGACGCGAGCAUGUAAGCAUUAAGAGCGAAUACAUGGUCUGUGAAGAUUACUUUCACGUUGGCGUUGGUCUGUGUGCGACAGUUGUUCACGAAGUGCUUGCCGAUGUGGGGAUAUUUAUAAAUGCUAAGCAGCUGUACAAUGCCGUACGACGACAGGCUGAGCCCUAUGGUAAAACACAAGAGGUGAUCUAUGCGCUGGGUGUACACGAGCCCAUAUUUAAGUUUGGAGACGAACAAAUUAAUGGAAAAACUUUAAAAUUUAUAAUGAAACAUUUAUUAGUGUGUAAAUGCUGUAAUGUGUAUGUAGAUAAGUUAGUGGAAAUGAUUUGUACAACGUUGGUUAAGCAUGAUACUUUACCAGGGGUUAUGAAUUCUGCCGAAGCUGACAAACUUAAAGACGGUCUAGUGCCCUGUUAUACAUAUAUUAUGGACGGUGAUUUUGUAGUUAUGCGUAAAGAUGCUUAUAGAGCGCCGUUAAAAAUUAAUAGGAUAAAAUGGGGUUCUAAAAAUAUUUGUAAAGAAAUUGUUGACCCAUUUUUUGAGAAAUUAUCUAAUUAUUCAAUGGAUGAUGAUGGGAAUGAUGAUGAUGGGAAUGAUGACAUAUGA